UCACACUGCCGCUGUCGACCAACUUUUUUUUUUUUCUUUUCUUUUUCUCCCUACAAUUACCGAGGCACAUGAACUUUACCUCUUUUAGAUAUUUGAUCCGAAGUAAUGGAAGUCGCUCCUACAUUUUUGGUCCUGCUGUGCGUCUGUCUGCGCGUUUCUCUGGCGGCUGAGAAGGAGUUUGUGGACACUAAUUUUACCUACCUCGAUGAUGCAAUCGACUACAAGGAUCCCUGUAAAGCUGCUGCCUUUUGGGGUGAUAUUGCCCUUGAUGAAGAUGACCUCCGCAUGUUCAGGGACGCCCACAGCAGUGUUGGUGCACAGCACACUGUCCAGACCAACCACACUGACUCAGUUAACAGCUCCACUUCAAAUGAGAAUGUCUGGAGUAGGAGAGCUGCAGACAGACAGAGUCUCCAUCGUCGGAGGAGAGCAGCCACCUCCAGGCCUGAGCGAGUGUGGCCGGAUGGCAUCAUCCCGUAUGUGAUCAGUGGGAACUUCAGUGGCAGCCAGCGAGCCAUUUUCCGUCAGGCAAUGCGUCACUGGGAGAAACACACUUGUGUAACAUUCACUGAGAGGACGACUGAAGAAAGCUACAUUGUUUUCACCUACCGACCUUGUGGGUGUUGCUCCUACGUGGGGAGGAGAGGCGGCGGCCCUCAGGCCAUUUCUAUAGGAAAGAACUGUGAUAAGUUUGGCAUUGUGGUACAUGAACUCGGCCACGAGCGGGCUCCACUGAGCCGGCUGGCACCGUCGAAAGGCCCCAUUCAGAGCGCUCUAGGGAUCUUCUUAGACACAAUUUUGCCUCGUUAUGAUGUCAAUGGAGUCAGGCCACCGAUUGGACAGAGGACCAGGCUCAGCAAAGGGGACAUUGCACAAGCCCGCAAACUCUACAAGUGUGCAAGAUGUGGGGACAACCUGCAGGAGAGUGCUGGAAACUUCUCUUCUCCCGGUUUUCCAAACGGCUACUCUGCCUACGGUCACUGUGUCUGGAAGAUUUCUGUCACUCCUGGAGAGAAGAUUGUUCUGAAUUUUACUUCCAUGGAUCUCUUCAGGAGUCACCUGUGUUGGUAUGACCACGUGGAGGUCCGGGACGGGUUCUGGAGAAAAGCUCCUCUGAAAGGACGUUUUUGUGGAGACACACUUCCAGAUCCAAUCAUCUCAGCUGACAGUCAACUGUGGAUUGAAUUCAGAAGCAGCAGCAGCUGGGUGGGCAAAGGCUUUUCAGCAGUGUACGAAGCCAUCUGUGGGGGAGAUGUGAAUCGGGACAGCGGCCAGAUCCAGUCACCCAAUUAUCCCGAUGACUACCAGUCCAACAAAGUGUGUGUGUGGAAAAUCACAGUAGCAGAGGGUUUCAACGUUGGUCUCUCCUUUCAGUCAUUUGAGAUUGAGAGACAUGACAGCUGUUCCUACGACUAUGUGGAGGUGAGGGAUGGCAGUUUGGAGACCAGCCCGCUGCUUGGCCAUUUCUGCGGCUAUGACAAACCUGACGACAUCAAAAGCAGCUCCAACCAUCUCUGGCUGAAGUUUGUAUCUGACGGAUCGGUCAACAAAGCUGGUUUUGCAGCCAACUUUUUCAAAGAGAUGGACGAGUGCUCCAGGCCUGACAAUGGUCACUGCGAGCAACGCUGCAUGAACACGCUGGGCAGCUACAGAUGUGCUUGUGACCCUGGAUAUGAGCUGGCAGCUGACAGACGCAGCUGUGAGACAGCUGCCUGUGGCGGGUUCAUUACCAAGCUGAAUGGCUCCCUCACCACCCCCGGGUGGCCCAAAGAAUACCCUCCCAACAAGAACUGUGUGUGGCAGCUGGUGGCACCCAUUCAGUAUCGCAUUACUCUGGUGUUUGACGUGUUCGAGACCGAAGGGAAUGAUGUGUGUAAAUACGAUUAUGUGGAGGUGCACAGCGGGUUGAGUUCAGACUCAAAGCUUCAUGGGAAGUUCUGUGGAGCAGAGAAACCUGAGGUCAUCACCUCCCAACACAACAACAUGAGGAUUGAGUUCAAGUCAGACAACACCGUCUCCAAGAGGGGCUUUAAGGCUCACUUCUUUUCUGAUAUCGAUGAGUGCUCCAAAGAAAAUGGAGGCUGCCAGCACGAGUGUGUGAACACCUUUGGAAGCUACAGCUGCCAGUGCCGCAGCGGCUUCAUGCUGCAUGAUAAUAAGCAUGACUGCAAGGAAGCGGGAUGUGAUCAUGUUGUUAACAGUGUGUCAGGCAUAAUAAGCAGCCCCAACUGGCCUGAUAGAUAUCCCAGCAAGAAGGCCUGCACCUGGUCUCUGUCCACCACCCCAGGCCAUCGUAUUAAACUUGUUUUUAAUGAGAUCGACAUGGAGGCUCAUCUGGAGUGCGCUUACGACCAUCUAGAGAUCUACGACGGGCGAGAUGUACGUGUCCCAAGUCUCGGACGCUUCUGUGGCACCAAAAAGCCGUCUCCAGUCAUCUCCAGUGGCAACAAAAUGUUCCUGCGUUUUUUCUCAGACAACUCGGUGCAGAAGAGAGGCUUCGAGGUUUCAUAUGGAGCAGAAUGUGGAGGAAGCCUAAAAGCCGAGGUCAAGACAAAAGAUCUCUACUCUCAUGCCCAGUUUGGAGAUAACAACUACCCCGGCGGCUCCGACUGUCUGUGGGUGGUCUCUGCUGAGAAGGGUUACGGAGUGGAGAUCAUCUUCCAAGUGUUUGAGAUCGAGGAGGAGGCCGACUGCGGGUAUGAUUACGUGGAGCUGUAUGACGGCGCUGACAUCAAGUCUCCAAGGCUGGGGCGAUAUUGUGGAUCUGGGGCCCCGGAGGAGGUCUACUCAGCUGGAGACGCCAUAGUUUUGAAGUUUCACUCAGAUGACAGCAUCAAUAAAAAAGGCUUUCAUGUACGCUACACAAGCACAAAGUUCCAGGACACGUUACACGCAAGCAAGUGACUCUCUAAAACUACCCCAAACCUAAAUGGAGACUUCACCCCUAACAUUUGGUGUGACACACCCAUUUCCAGACGGGGAGUGAAUGCAUGGAUUGACACCACAAACACCAACCCACAUACUUUACAUUUACAUCUGUUAGAGUGAAGCCAUGCAGCGAAAUUGCAUCUUUACUCUCCCUCAUUAUAUAGCUAUAUAGGAUGAAAGGCAAGGAAUAGUUUGCAGUGAUAACUUCGAGUAAAUUCGGUCACCCCACCUGUAAUAAGCUUAUUACGUCAUAGCACUGUGUUGAGAUAUAAAAUGUAUAUAUUGUGAUAUAGUUUGCCUUGUUUGUUUUUUUCAAUCAUAAUAUGAACUGUGUCACUUUUUACAGUCUGAGGUUGAAAGUUUGAUCACUUCUCAUGAAUGUGAUGCACUUUGUUGUAUUAUAUCACUGGACAAAAGCACAUACUGGUAAUGAUGGAAAUGAGGAUGGAGGAUGAAAAAAAUGUAGGUUUAUUCCCAAAAUCAGACCUGUUCUUUUAUUUAAUAUUUUUUAAAGUUUUUGAGUUCCCUUUCAGUAUAUUAACAUUCCCUACAUUAGUUGGUGACAGUGUUUUCACAUGUUUUCGGUUGGUGUUUCUGCGUGUUGUAUUCUCUUGCAAAAUACAUAAAGUACAGAAUGAUAAUGGGUGAAAUUAACACUAUUCUUCAUUCCAUCCAAUAUUUUCCAUUUACAUCUCAGCCUACAUGCUUUAUCAGUCAACAUUUCUCUAAAGAACUUUUUGAUUUUUACCCCUAGUGAA